CAUUCUCACGUUUCUUUUACCAUCACUCCCUCUACUUCAAUAGCGAUGGUUAUUGUCUCGACGCGAGGUCGCAGGUUCGGACAGCGAUGCACGGGAGACAUGACACCACGCUAGCCUGUUUCGGCCCUUAGGGAUACCGAACCCAAAGUUUCAUCGCAUCUUUGAGAUUCGCGAGAGCUAUCUACUGUAUGUCUCCGCAAUCUAAGAAUUAACCUCUAGUAUACUAGCUACAGGUCACAUGGAAUGCCAGAAUGCCCGAAUCGGGCGUCCACUCCUCGGGCCCGAGAGGGCAACUCGGUGUUAGUAAAGCCUCAUGAUAAGGAAGCACAUACCCACAUGCUUCAAUACUAACACCUGAUUCCCUAUCUCUACGGACCGAUCAUUAUCCGCUAGGGUCACUUACUCCCCUAUCUCUUUCUCGAUACGGUUGGGCUUAGUCUUGAUAUGGAUGAUCUCCCAUUAGAACUCUUAUCUAUGAUUGUAGAAGAGCUCUGGGAAGACUCUCCAGAUGCAACAGGCCGAGGACCCCGACUUACACACCCAAAAACUAAAUCCAAGGAUAAUCUGCUCAUCAAUAUACGAUCUGUCCGUCUUGUCUGCAAAGCGUUUCGCCACGCCGCCGCCAACCUCUUUGGUGAGACCUUCUUCCAAGUCAGAUGGGUAUCACUAUCUCGAAAGAGCUUGUUGGAUCUUGCCGCUAUCUCGGAACUUCCAGAAUAUGUGCGCCACAUUCAUACGCUCCGAAUCAGCACCGUCAAGUUCGACCGCGAGCUGGAUAACCAGGGGGAAGCACUGGAGCUGUUGUCCAAAGCACUUGCAAAGCUGCAGCCAAAGCUGAGGUCAAUAUUGUUCUCUCUUAAAUGCUCGCAAAGAUCAAGGGAUUGUCAAGAUGAGAUCAAAGUCAUCCACAUCGUUCGAAAUGCCCUCCUUCACUCUGAGGUGCAGCCAGCCAGGCUCCGGGUGUACACAAACAAGCCCUCCGCCCUAGCCUUGCCCGAUCCCGAACUUCAGGAUGCGCAUAUGAAAAACAUGGAAUCUCUUCGGUGCCUCAAGCUCGACUUCCUAAACGAAUCGACCGUAGACUCGGAGAUCCACCAGAACCUUACCCGUGGAACGAUUGCUCGGUAUAUUGCCGGCAUGCCCCAGCUCCAAAACGUCUCGAUAUACUUUGCCAGCGAGAUCUGGUAUCGAACCCCGCUGAACCAGAUCCUUGGGAAGGCCGUCAUCAAGAAUUUGAAGUCGCUGAGAAUAUGUGGCUUCAACUGUCGUGAGAACGAAAUGAUGAACUUCAUCCUUCGCCAUCGGGAUACACUCCGGUCACUAGAGAUAGCCGACUUCAAACUUCGCAAUGGAUUGUGGAGGAAUAUAUUCACGGCAAUCCGAGAAAAGACAUAUGUGGAGAAGCUGGUGUUUCGAAGAGUGUGGGACAAGCAAGAAGUGUUUUCACUUUCCGAUGAAUCCUUCCAAGGUUUCACUCGCAGUGAAAUCGAGCUUGUGGACUGGGACAAGAUUGCGACGCAGCGUGAAGACAGUGACCUCGAUUUAGAACCUGUUGAGCUUGGGGAGACUGGCAUGUUUAUCAGCUUUCCUGAGGACCUACUAUACGACCCAGAGGAUAUCGGGGAUGACGAAGAUGUGGUCAAUCCGAUUCCCUAUUUUGCUCAUGAGCUCCUGCAUCCCGGAAUUUCCGGACAGACAGGAGAACAUGAGGGAUCGGAAGACGGAACGACAGAGUCAACGGAAACUAGUAUGGAGUCUCACGGGAGUGUGAUUAAUGGUGGUUUGGAAAAAUUGUAAUGACGUGGCUUCGCUAGUAUCGCUUUCAGUACAGUGAAGUUAUUUUGCAAAGAGUGUUUGUAGCAAUCAUUUUACACAUUUUCA